AUGGACAGUAUGACGUCAGAGUCUCUAGAUCGGCCGGCAAGUUCCUUGAGCGAGAGUUGGGCCUCUAUCAGCAACCCAGACAUGAACUCGGAAGAUGAUUGUCCCUCUGAGGCCACAGAUAACCUGUCUCUCGUUGGCCACAGUGUUGCAGAUGACGUUACAAGCCUCGAUGGCAGAGACCUGGAAAGUGAUGUCGAUACAGAUGAUACCGAAAGCCGCUGCUCAGAAGCACAAAGCUACCUACCAUCCGUAUAUUGUGAGGAUGAGAACACUUCUGAAGAUGCGGAAAUUAUGGGUGCAAGCUUCUCGUCUCACUCUGACUUGAUUGUUUUCAACGAACCCAAAGUCUGGCCGUCCACAGGAGUUGUGAAAGUAAAGCAUACCAUCCGCGAGCUUGACCAAGUCGAAGUCUCCGAAGUUGCCCCUCGGGGUUUCAGUCAGAAAAUAUAUAUGUCCAUUCAACAGUCUAUUUCCCGGAACCCUGUCAAUGUGCAACAGCCAUUUCGCGUACUUUAUCUAGGGGAUCCAAAAUUCAAAUCCCGCGUUCUGGAGAUACUAGGUGACGCCUUAGUUGCCAGCCCAGAAAAUAGCUUAUAUGCAAACCCUGCAAACUCGUCGAAGUUCCAUGUUGUUCCUGCUUCCUUUGGCCCAGAUGCAACGCCCAACUAUGCCGAACUACUACCUCUUCAUGUUCAGCUAGGUGUGGAAGAAUGCAUUUUCACUAACUUCUGCGCCCUUCAAGAUAAAAUACAGAUCUAUUUAAAGAGUAAUGAGGUUAUAGUAUCUAGAAAGAUGGGCUCAGUUUAUCAGCUAGAGUCGCGCACCCCGAAUAUCACCAUAUUCGUCAUUGGAGACAACGACAGUGAAGUAACCCAAGCCACUCGCCGCAAUACCUAUAGGUUGGUAACAAGACACAAUUUGCCAUUUAUGGUCAUUUCCGAAUCUUCUUAUUCGAACCAGCUAUAUAAAUCUACCUUGACUAUUGACCCGCGCUCCCCCCAUAUCUGUUUGGAAUGGAACGGCGAGAAGUCUGACGCUUCCUGUGUUGUAAAACGAUAUCCUAUCGAUCUCGAUAUAUUUGGGCACAUUUCUCCGGCUCAGCUCAAUCGUAAUCUUGCGUGUCUCGCUGGAGCUCGGUCCAAAUCGCGAAUCAAAUUAGAUCCGAUCUCAGGAGAGGCCAAGGACAAUCAAGCCACCCGCUCACCCCGCCCGCACCAUAUCAUUAUGUCGACUGACAAAGAAUCCAAGAUUGCCGCAAUUAUCUUUGUCAUUAUCAUAAUUCUCUGUUUCACUGGCCUACGGACUAUUCUCAUGAGUGUGCUUAACAUAUGUACUGGCUUUACUGGAGUUUCACUUCUUGCUACCAACGGAAAUCCUGCUCACAAUAAUUCCAUGGAACGUGUACCAAUCACAAUGGAGACACCAAUGCUACCACAGCAAAUUGCAGUGGUUGCGUCAGAUCCUACUAUGGAAAAGUCUUUGAGCAUAAGUGAUGACCUACUAAAAUUAACGCAGCCAGAUCCCAACAAGCCUAAUUAUACAGAAAACUUCCAAGUGUAUGUUGUUGGAGACUGUCACGUUAUUGUCAAAGCACCAGCUCGCUUCAUGACAUUAAAGAAGACUGCCAAAUUUCUAGUGUUUGUCACAAAAGAAGACACACCCAUCAACUUCCAGUUUACUAGGCUCUUUGAUUAUGUGUUUACCAUACGCCUAGCUCGUGAGGAUGCCCACGGGCUCAUGAAUGUAACAAUAUCCUCACGCCCGAACCUUACUAUAGAACAAAUCACUGAGAUUGAUUUUGGUACCCCCUGGCUAAAAAUUGUGAUCUGGAAAAAAGCUGCACAGUCCCUUUCAAACCAGGUGAGAAAGGAUCUGAGCGCUGCACAAGCGGGGCUUUCAGAAGCAUACAACCGAGUUUUACUCGAUGUUCAAGUUAUUAGUGAUGCUCUGAUGGGAGACAUUCGACCCGAUUGUCCAAACCCAAUACAGCACUUGUUAGACGCGGCAAUAAAAGCAAGCGGCGAGUCAAAGCGACGCUGUAAUAUAUAUGCGCGGAGAACAGUCGAGAAAAUCAUUACAUCUCUUCCGCAUCUCCAGCAGCGAGCAACGGUCCUUGCCGGUCAACUACAGUCCAAAAUGUUACAGCAUGGCGCGAAAGCUCAUAAAUCUGCCCUAAGCAUAGAUCUAACUCGGUUAUUGCAGGUUACGCAAAGAGUAAAGAGAUCUGGAUUCCUUGCAGGAGCUCAGAAACAAGCAAUUCGCCUGACACAAGAUGCUCGGAAUCAAUGGAAAAAUUUCAGAGAUUUGUGCUACCAAGCGUCUCGGUAA